AACUGGGCCAGUAAAGUCAAGUUGUUAGCUAGCGAGCUAGCGUUGCUAAGAUGGCAUAUGAAUGAAAAGUGAAACAGAAACACAUAUAUUUUGAAAGUAGUCACAUAAGUCAAGCAUUAGUACGGCACAUCGUCGAUAUUCUUGAAAUCGUGUUAGUGUGACAGCUGAGCACCAGAAACAACAAGCCAUGCUGACGUGUGAGAUUUGUGGCGAGGAAUUGGUGUUGGACAAGGACAUGAAGACCCAUCUUCUCCUGAGCCACAUGGAGAAUAACAUGGGCUGCCCCCUCUGUUCCUGGUCCGGAGUCGCCUACAACGAACUCCGCUUCCACAUCAAUACCACACACAAAGAGAAGCAGGACCAUGACCGAGCAGAGGAUAGAGGUGGUCACAGUCUUGUCAGGCCCAGCUUAAGUCCUACUCCCUCUACCACCAUAGUGGACAGUCACUGCAAACAAGCCAUUGGUUUGUCUAGGUCUGAGGGUUCUGAAAAAGGAGUAGCCAAUGGGAACAGGUUUGACACCAUUGGAAGAGGGGUCUCACUCAGGACAUCCAAUAGCACACUGGAGUCUAAGGAGCGAAUGACUGUAUCCCCCCAAACUUUUAAUAGGGGGGACCCUGGUGGAGGGCGAGCAGUGGCCAUUGUUGAACCCACCUCUUCAGUGUCUACGGGCUUUCUGAGAUCAGCUCAGGACUCCAGUAGGCCUACUAGCAGACACUGUAAUGCUGAGGACUCUGUGGGAGUGGGAUCCGCAGAGCACACCACAGUCAAACAGAAGCGUUUCUCCUCCCCACUUAAAGGUUUAUUUUAGAGGGUGUUGUUAUAUCUGUCCUGGUUUGUUGUACUGACUGAUAUUAGGUGGUUUGUCGUACUGACUGAUAUUAGGUGGUUUGUCGUACUGACUGAUAUUAG